UGUAAUAAUUAGUUAUUUUGAAAAUCAACUGUUGUAUGUUGGUUGCAAUUGCAAUUUGUAAUGUUUAAAAUUUAAAAUCUCGUCUGCUAUUAUAGCUCAAAACUUUUCACUUUGGAUGAUGAAAGAUUGAAGAUGUUAUGUAUUUAACUUAAUCACAACUCACACAAUGAGCGUUUUGUACAGCGAUGACGAUGGUUUCUUCAUUUCGCAUCAAAUGUUUAUUUCAAAAUUGUACGAUACGAUUUUGAGCAAAACCGAAAACUGUAUACAUUUGUAUGAACAUUUCUUUCACAUAAACAAUCCAUUUGUCAGGGACAGACAACRAGUAGAAACUAGUCUGGAGACUAAUGUCGUAAAACGUAAGAGAAAAAGGCCACCAUAUGAGGAAGAUGAAAUAAGUAAAAGAAUAAAGAAAUUUAUAUCAAAUUUAAAAAAAAAUCACCCAGACUUAUUUUCCAUAACACCAAACAUUUUGGAUAACAAUAGUUGUGCUAGACAUGCAUCUAUAAAGUUUUAUGAAAGCACUAGUGCACUGAAAUCAUUUUACGGUCAAAAUCCAAAUCCAAACUUACAUACAGCUAAUGGUUAUGUAUUCCCUCAAAAAUGUCAGUUUUAUUGUGACAAUGUUUUCAACUUAAAAAAUCUUGGAGAUCAAAAAUUUGACCUGAUUUUGUUAGAUCCACCAUGGACAAACAAAUAUAUAAAAAGAAAAAAGAAAAUUAAACGAGAUGAAGGGUAUACAAUGAUGUCUGAUCAAGAUUUGGCCCAAUUACCCAUAAAUGAAUUCCUAACUUCAAAUGGUUUAGUCUGUGUGUGGUGUACAAAUUCUCCAAAUCAUAUAGACUCAUUAAAAUCUAAAUUAUUUCCAAUAUGGAAUGUCAAAUAUGUAGCUUGUUGGUACUGGAUAAAGGUUACAGAAUGUGGAGAAUUUGUUUGUAAUUUUGCUCCAGGGACUGGCAAACAGCCUUACGAACGCAUAUUAUUUGGAAGGAAAAUGGACUGUGAAGCCAAAAUAAAAAAUCCCGAAGAAGGUAAGUUCAUUGCAAGUGUUCCAAGUUCAGUGCACUCACAUAAACCUCCUCUAUCUGAAAUAUUAGUUGCUUAUCUGCCUCCAACACCAAAAUGCUUAGAACUSUUCGCCAGAUAUCUAAUACCCAACUGGACUAGCUAUGGACUUGAAGCUUUAAAAUUUCAACAUCAAUUUUUGUAUGGAAAAUCAGAUAUAGAAUACUGCAAUCAUAAAUCCAWAAUAAAAUGUAAUAAAAAUACAUAAAAUUUUUUAUCUAA